AUGGGUCUCCAAUACAAUCCUGAUACAGAUGUGCCUGAUAUCUCUGGCAAAGUUAUUAUCAUCACUGGAGGUACCAGUGGCAUUGGAAAAGCUGCAAUUUUUGAGCUUGCCAAACACAAUCCGGCACACAUCUACUUCACCGGUCGAAACGAGAAAGCAGCCAAAGAAGUUAUAUCUCAAUGUGCCAACCCCUCAAACAUGACUUUCAUAUCCUGCGAACUCGACAACCUUGAAAGUAUCCGCGAUGCAGCAACCAAGUUUCAACACCAUCGUCUAGACAUAUUCAUUGCCAACGCAGGAGUCUCGGCUAUCCCACCCGCCCUCACCAAGGACGGUUACGAAGUUCAAUUCGGCACCAACCACGUCGGCAACGCGGCACUGCUGCUCCUCCUCCUGCCCAUCAUGUUGCGAACGGCAAACGAAGUACCAGGGGCAGACGUUCGCUUCGUGGCCAUCACGUCACUGGGAUAUGCAAUGGCCAGCGGGAUUGAAUUUGACACCCUGCGGUCGAAGCAGGAUAAUAUGCUGCUGAUGGGCAGGUGGAGGCGCUACGGGCAGAGCAAACUCGCCAAUGUGCUCUUUGCGAGGGAAUUGGGAAAACGCUAUCCGAAAAUAACGAGCCUCGCUGUUCACCCAGGCGUGGUCGGGACGGAGGCGGUUGCCAAUUUCGGGACUUUUGACAAGAUGCUCACCCUCAUUACGUCUCCGCGGGGAAUGUUGACUCCUCGUGAAGGGGCGUAUAAUAUGCUGUGGGCGGCGACGUCUCCGGAGGUGAAGGAGAAGGUUGAUGGCAAGACGGCGCUCUUUGAACCCGUUGGGAAACCGCAUGUUGGAAAUGCGAAUUGCCACAGUGACGAGUUGUCGAAGAAGUUGUGGGACUGGACCGUUAUGGAGGUUGGUGUAGAAUUCAAGUGA